UGCCUAGAAGGCACUAGGGUCGAUCUCGCCCAGCGUAUUAUGACUUGGUGUCGCAACACUGGGGAUAGCGAGAACCGGCUAAUGCUGCUUACUGCUGUGGCUGGUGCCGGUAAGACUUCGAUUGUACACACUAUAGCGGAAAGAUGCGAAAAGGAAGCUGUCCUGUUACUCUGCUUCUUUUUCAAAGCUGGCGAACAGUCACGGCCUCAUUAUCUUUUCAGCAGCAUGGCCCGAAGUCUAGCAAAGCGUGACCCGGAUUAUCGCACGUUCGUUCUCUCUGCUCUUCAAAAGGAUCCCACCCUCUCAACGGCUCCAUUCACGAUGCAAUUCAAGAAGCUGGUG